ACUCACAGAGGUCCACCUGCCUCUGCCUUCAGUGUGCUGGGUUAAAGGCCUGUGCCACUACACCCCGGGCACAAUCCCUCUAGCUGCAGCAUCCUUCUCUCCCAGGUGCAGCCAGUGUAUCUGUGAGGCUUUGAGGGGAGACAAGGCCUGAGAUCCAAUUGGAAGGACGAGCAUGGGGCGGGGCUAGCAAACAGUCAUUGAAAUAGGGCUCACCAGAGCGGCUUCUUUCGGGUUUGCUUUAUUGAGUGUGGAGUUGCACAGGCUGUUUGCAACGAUAUUGCCGCAGUAUGACCGCCUUUAAGAGCUUUAAGUCCCUCGUCCAGCUGAAACACCAAGAAGGGACUUUAUUUAAAGUGGUCGGAGACUCUCGCAAGCUGCCCGGGUGGCUCCAUCCCGAGUAUCUGGAUGAUCCAGAAACAGUGUAUGUGGAUGCUUGGCUGGUGGAAAAGAUGUUUGGUAAGGAUGGAGAGUACAUCCCGCAUGUCGAGUGUGUGACACGUACAGUGCUUCAGGUGAACCAGUGGAAACCUGAAGAGGAAGCUGAGAUUUUGAUAUUUGGGCCUCCCGAUUACCAAAAGGAUGUUUCCCAGAUGAUCUCCAACUUGGUUGACUAUUUCUGCAAGCAAGUAAUACAAGAGGAACACUGUUCUCAAGAGACUGAGACCCAGUGUCUUCCUGUGGCGGUUCCGGAGGUGGCCACCCAGCUGGCUCCGGUUGAGGUCUGUGAAGUUGCCACUCAGCAGGCUCCUGUGGAGGUCUCUGAGGCUGCCACCCAGCUGGCCCCGGUGGAGAACGCUGAGGAUGCCACCCAGCCAGUUAAGGUAGAGAAUGGUGAUGCCAUUCAGCUGUCUCCGGUGGAGAACCCUGGGGAUGCCACCCAGCUGGCUCCAGUUGAGAACACUGAGGCUGCCACCUUGCUGGCGCCUCUGGAAGACACUGAUGCCGCCACCCAGCUGGGUCCUGUGGCGGUCCAUGAGGAGGCUAGUGAAGCUGCCACGAUGCACACUUCAGGGGAGGUCCAUCAGGAUGUCACUAAGCAGUCUGCCACUGAAGUCUGUGAGGCUGCCACCCUCCCUAGCAGCACUCUGUAGAGGUCUCUGAGGUUGUUCUUGGCAGGGGUCGUGAGUUUGGGGGUAUACCGGUUGGGGGUACCUAGAGUUCUCCAGUGGAGAACCAUGAGACUGGAGCCCGGCAGUCUUUGAAUGUUAGUAUUGAGCCUCCAAAGGCUGCCUGGGCCCAGUUACCACGUUAUAAAGGUGACUCAGGUGUUGAACCAGGAUAAAUGUACACACCUCUAAUCCCAGCACCGGGAGACAGAGGCAGGGGCUCUCUUCGUUCCAGGCUAGUCUGGGAUGAAUGAAGCAGUGAUCCGAGUCUCCGGACAUCUUUUUCUGUUUGUUUUGCCCUAGAAGUUGGAAGAGAGGAGGAGGACCGAUUGUUUUUCCCCUUAUGUUCAGUGUUUGCAAACACAAUUAAAAAUAUUCCAAUAAAGAAUUGCACCCCCAAGGUGUGUUAUUUGGAUGGUAGAAAGGGUACAUACAGUGCUCCAUCAGUCAAGUGCUGUUGGACUCCCUCACUAUCUUCCUGAGGCUGGAAUCUUCUGGAUUGUGGGUCCCCACCCCAACACUCACAGGAUCAAAGGCUUUCCUUGUUCCUUAACCCAGUACAUCUGAUAGUGAUGGAGCUGCCUUGCCAGGCUGUUGAGUCUCCUCUGGCUCUUUGACUCAAGGUGACUCCAGUGGACUGUGGUUUGCAACUUGGUUUUUUGACAAAAACAGGCUUUGAAAGUUCCAUUUGGUUGUAUCUAGUUGCCACUACCUAAUUCUGCUUUUGGUUGGUGUCCCUCUGGGAGGGGGAUUGGAGGGCUGGGACUGGAAUGCUGUUAUCUUAGGGUCAUCUGAAUUUCCUGACUUGGAGAGCUUGUGGGUUGAGUCUCCUUAGGAAGUCUGAGGUGGCUGGGGUGGUGGUGGUGCAUGCCUUUAAUCCCAGCAUUUGGGAGGCAGAGGCA